AUGACAGUUAUUCAGAGGGCACCACUUCUCGAGCCAGAAAAAAAAAAAAUCACAACAACAACAGUAAAUCCAGUGAAUCCAUUUUCAACAACAGCCGGCUGUAUGAUUGUUAUUGGAUUGACAAUUGUUAGUUCAAUUGUCUUGAUUAUUUUGGGACGUUUAUUUUAUUUUAUUUAUUAUGAACGAGGCCAGCCAGUCAAUGAUAAAUCAAAAACCAUAAAAACAAUGAUUAUUCUUGGCUCAGGUGGACACACAACUGAGAUGCUUCGAGUUGUUAAAUAUCUAAAUUUUAAUAAUUAUACACCUAGAGUGUAUGUUCAUGCUGAUACAGAUCAAAUGAGUGAAAAUAAAAUAUCUGACAUUGAUAAUAAUGAUGAUGUUAAAGUAUUGAAAAUACCAAGAUCAAGAGAAGUUGGACAAUCAUAUUUAUCAAGUAUUUCAACGACAAUCAUUGCAUGUUUAAAUUCAGCUGUAUUUUUAUGGUUUGAAAAACCAAAUUUAAUACUUUGCAAUGGUCCUGGUACAUGUGUGCCAAUAUAUUAA